AUGUCGACAGGUUUUGCGUUAUAUCCAAAUCGUGAUUUUACCCCGAGCGCUGUAGACAGUUGCGAAGUGAGGUUUGAGUCUCCGCGAUUGUCCUACUCUCAAACAAGUUUACUAACCGAUCCCCGCCGAGAGAUCGACGAAGAAAAAUCUCAUCAUUAUGAAGAUCCUACGGUUAUCAACGAACAAGUUCGUGUUUUACAAGGAGGAGGGAAUACAGGACAUCGAAAACGUUAUAACGAUAUGUACGAGCCGCAUAUACCACUGAAGAAUUUACGGGUCAGAUCGAGAGAUGAUUCAAGUUGUUCAGAACUGUCGGACACACCUUCAAAAGAAUCUUGUUUAAACCGUUGUAUUUUGUUUUUUGUUCUUCUUACUUCGGUGACGGCGUUAAUAUUGGUGGUACUUUUAAUGUUUGGCAAAGUUGGCCUUAUCGUCGAGCGAAAUUGCGCGUGUAACCCGGAAAAAGGAGACUUAAAAGGUAAGGGAAGCGACCACGUGCUCGAUGUGAAAAUGUCCUUGAUAACUUACGGCAGCUUGUAAGAGCAAGUGUCCCUUGAACAAAAAUGAAAAACUUCGGGGUACGUUCGAGGAUAGUUUCUUCUUAAUGCUUGUAGACGAUGAGACUACAGUGGUCUGGCAUUUUAAAUAAUGUAUGCUUAUUUUUAGUCAGCGAACGUACUAGAACUGUGAAGUGUAGCUUAAAGGCUGAUUACCAUAGAAAUCACCUCAGUGAACAUUCCAGGCGAGUCAAGCGUGCUGGACGACUAAUUGAUGUCUGUAAUCUAUCUUUUUUUGUUUUUGUUUUUUUUUUAAUCCCUUAUGGCUGGUUAUCAGUUAAGGAAACCAAAUCUUGGACAACAUUUUUAAGCACGGAACGUUACGUGUCAAUUACAGAUGAAUCGACGAUGUCGAAACUCAGCGGGAACAAUUGAGAUUUGUUAUGCCUAAGUGUUUUGCAACUUCACGCUGUCGUAAACAAAGGGAUUUUAACUUCAAAGAAUUUUACUUUAACCGAAACUAAACACUUCAAAAACAGAGAGCGUGCAUUUCGGUUUAAGGGUUCGCAAUAUCAUUUCACUCGAUCAAUGUUGACUUUGUACUCUUCGGACGAAUGGUGUGUCACGCCUUACUGAUUUCGAAUGUGUUUUGAUUGAGCGUCACAAUACAUCCACUUGAUUAUGUGAUUUACGCAGAAACAGAAAUCGUUCGCAUGCUUAUGCAAAUUUAGAUGAAAGUGAUCUAUAUCGGUUCUCAAUGUUAACCGUACACGUUUAUUUUCUCAAGCAAAAAAAAGUUCAUUUUAAAUCACAUUAUUUCUGACAGCGUUUUUUGGCUCAAUAAUUGUUUGCCAAGCAUUUAAUGGCUAUAUUCUACAAGGGACUGACUAGAUGGUUUUUAACUGAGUUACCAACAUUUGAGACAUUCUAGAAACACUAUUAAUAAUUAACAUUUUUCGUGUCAUGGUGCCAACUUCAACAAGUUUGAAAGAGCUUUGAAUUUGUGUUAGUUCCUAAAUUUAUCACUACUAACCGUUAACCAGUACGAGCCUCAGGUAAAAUUUCCGCACAGCCCCAUCCUACAUUAUGCAUUCAGUUCUUGAACAGAGGAAACAAUGACAAAAACAAUACAUUUCCAUUGGGAAAACAGAUUUGUUUUACAAUAGUAUGGGGCUGUGCGGAAACUUUACCCAAGCCUCAUUCUCUUUUCUCAUGUAAACCUGUUUGAACCAGGUAUGCAAAUCCAAAUUCAGCACUUAAAAAAAAUAAUUACUCAUAGAAAAAUUCCCACGGUCUUUUCACUAUGACCUAGAAUGUUUUGAAUUGGAAUGUAAUGUUUAGAAAAGGUGUUAUUCAAAAGUGAUAAUCUAUAUUGACAAAUAUUUUCAAUUUAUAACAGAGAGUUAUAUUGACGAUCUAAAUAUACCAGUACAUUAUGCUCCUACAUAGUAGUCUGCCUUAUACAGGGAUAUUUUAUUAGACAUUCUGAUAUUUUAUUCCAUUAAUAAGCAUUAAUUGUUCUUCUGGUACCUUUUGUUCACUUUGAGAGAUCAAAAGUAGCUGUUGGGUCUCAUACCAGUGUCUUUAUGGAAUUACUCUUUCUUGCUUGAAAAGUUGCUCCCCAAGCUUUCUUGGACCUCACCUCUUUGAGCUCUUUGCUAUUGCCAUCAAUCAACUGACAGCAUUUGUUCCCUUGGUUGUUUGAACUUAUUUCUAUGUACUUUAUGUGAUACUGACAAUGGAUCUUCUCCUCUUCUCAUUAGAAGUGCCAAGUGGGCAGGAAGUGAAAGGUGGUGCACCCUCAAGCACAAGUGAAGUGGGCCUGUCAGUUUCGCCACCUGAUAUCUCAUCACUGGAGGACAAGAUCGACCAACUUAAAGCCAAUAUCUCGAUGAUAAAAAAAUUUAUGGUACGAUAAGAAAUGCGACAGGUUAAUGAUAUGUACAUGUACCAAAACCAUUAAGGGAAGGAGCUCGGUGGGCACAGACAGGACCACUAAACUAAUGCAGGAAGAUUAAGAGGGUUGGUGGAUAAUUUGGUGUACUUAUCAGGGGCUCAAUAUGGGGUCAGUCAUGACUGAGAUUAAAAAAAACAAGCCAAAGCCUUGAAAAUGUUUGGUGAUAUAUGACAGGUUUCCCCAAAAAAUGUUGCUUGUUGGUUGAUCACAUUGUUAAACUGUCCAUAAUUGUUCUCUGACAUUCCUAUACUUGCUGCUACAUUCUGCUCUAACUUUUUUUUUUUUAUUUUGCACAUCUGACGGAACCUUUUUUGGCAGACAUUCCCAAAGUCAUGUUUACCAUAACUAUAACUUGAUAUCAGAUUUUGAAUUUCUACACCACUGUACAUGGUUAUUUUUUUAAUGAAUUAUUAUUUCAGGCAGUCACUAAAAACAAAUUGCAUGCCCUUGAUCUUUCCACAGAUAACUCUUCAGCACGAUCUUCACAAUACAAGAGGCAAUUUAAAUGACACCAGAGAUAAAGUCAGUGAGACAAAAGAUGGACUUUUGCAGAUAAAAAGUGGAAUGCAAGACUCUAUAGAUAAGGUAUACUAAAUUCGAUAUUUACUCAGCAUCUAAGAGGAUCAAAGAUUUUUUCCUACAUUUAGAAAAUAAGAGUAGUUUUUAAUUCAAUCACUACAGUUAGUUUUUACAAUUGUGCUUGGCUGCUAAAAUUUCAUUUCACCACUUGAAUAAAAAUAUAUCCCAAGCAACAGCCUUCAAAUCAAGGCUCUGGACACAGACUGCUUGAUUCAAAUUUAUAUUUGGUUGUUUUUAAUCUGCUUAUUUUGUAGCACAGUAAUAAAAAAAAACCCCACCUGCAUGUCUCCCCAAAAGUUCUAAUGGACAAAUUAAUUUUUUUACAGAUCAGUAACAUCAGUCAACAGCUUGAUAAAUCUGUUAGUGUUGUCAAUGAAAGUUUCCACCAUGAGCUGGUAUCUCUGGAGACGACUUUCAUCACAAAGGUAAGGCUUGUCUGCCAAGUACAAAUACAAUACAAAAUAAAUAUUUUGAAUAAUUGUAUUACCAUCAUUCCACAUAUUUCAGCUGGAAAAAAAAUUAAAUUCUGCCGUGGUUAAGAACAAUUUGAAAAGAUAUGUAGAUAUGAGUUCUGCUAUUACUUUGGGACUACUUUUGGCCAAUAAGUAAAAGAAAACUGAAUAAGCACAAUCAAAAAAGAAGACAAUUAUUGUUAAAAAUAUUUCCUCAAGAGUCAUUCCGUCCGAUCAAGGGUGAAGGAGAUAGAUAUCUGCAUGCAUAAUACAGACACCAUCAGCUGUUGAGAGUUUUAGACAUUCAUGUAUGUUCUAUAAUAAGUAAUUUAGUAUACAACAUAAUGUUUUCACCUAAUGUUUAGACUCCUCAUUUUGCAGUUAAACAACACAGUUCAAAGCCUGUCUGAUGCUGAUAGCUCCUUAAAAAGUUCUCUGGAUGUUAUUAAUAGCUCCUUAACCUCACACGUAAGUUAAAAACGCAUACUCAAUAAAUAUAGAAAUUCGUGAUAUGCUCAUUGGUUGAGAGCUAUGGCCAAUAAAUGAGGUUAAAUAUCAUAAAACAACGCAGAAAAAAUAUUCUCGUUAGAAUAAUUGCAAAUUUCUGAAAUAUGGACAGUGACGAAUUUCCGAAUUUAAACAUCGGUUUACCUGAGCAAUAUUUGAAAAAUAUUUUCCGGCUGUUCCUCGUGUACUACCUUUUUUUCUUACCCACAUUUCGACGUCAUCUGUGCGUCUGUUCAGUUAUGAGGGGGCUUAAGCACAAACGUUUUUGAGACGCCAACGGCAGUCGGAAUUUAAAAUUUCUCACUACUAAUGAUAAUUAAACUUUUCUGGGCAGUCAAGUUUGGCUUAAAUUGCUAAAACGACGACCACACUGUCGAUACACUGGCGUCAAAGUGUGUCAGUCACUUUUUUUUUUAAGUUUUACUCUUCAUCCAGUUGCCGGUUGCGUCUCAAAAGCGUCUCUACUUAAGUUCUCUAAUAGAUCACAGAUGACGUCAAGAAGCGGUCAAAGCAAAUAAAAUGGCUGAUUGUGUCACUGAUGGUUGCACUUGACUAUUUAUCUUGUAGAUUCAAAGCAUCAGCAAGUUACAAGGACCGAUAGGCUCCCCCGGAUUCAAUGGGUCCAAAGGUGUUCCAGGUGCUCCAGGUAACGAAGGGCCCAAGGGAAAUGCAGGUGCGCAAGGACCCCCGGGUCAGCAAGGUGACGCAGGGGACCCGGGAAGGAAUGGUACUGAUGGUGUUAAUGGCCAAAAGGGAGAUCUGGGACCACAGGGUGAUAAAGGACCACAAGGGCCUGUAGGACCCGCGGGACCUUCCGGACCCCCGGGCCCCAAAGGGCCUCCUGGAGCCGGGAACUUCAGUCAGUGUGCAUAUCGCUCUAAGGACCAAUCAUUUACAGCUAAUUCAUUCACGUCAGAAAGUGUUUCGUUAAUUGAACCGAAUGUAAGUACCCACUUUUUGAAACUUGUAUCAAUCGUAAAACCUUAUUGAUACAUAAUUUUCGUAUGACUUAAUUUUCGCAGUUGUCAAAAAUUUGCGAAAUAGAAGAAUCGCCUAAAGAAGGUUUUCGCGAUAUUCAUUACCCUGCUAUAUAACUCUUUAACCAACGUCAACGUCGGUUUACUGCGAAAUUGUCUGGACCAAUGUUCUCUAGUUAGGUUUUGGUGCGUGAGCUCCCUUCGUCUGAAUCAAUAUCAUAGCGCAAAUAGACGUUGUCAUGUACUUUUGUGGAGCUCUGCAUCGUUGCAAAAGAACUUGUCAAACUGUUUUUAGUCUCGUUUUGAUAUAAAACGGUUUUGGUCAGUGUAAUUGGAAACUAUUGUUAUGGAACAUUUAGAUCAGUUGUGCUAAUUCUGAGACUAAUUGUUCGUUAAUGCAGAUCAGUAUUUAAACAAUUUUCGCGAAAUUCAGGUCCAUUUGAUAUAAAUUUAUGGCCAAAUUGCAAUUAAAUUCCCGUGAAAUUUGCACGUUUCAUUUUCGUGAAAUCAAUUUCCCGUGAAAAUAACAAGCAACAAACGACUCGUACACUGAUCAAGUAAAUGAUUCACAGACAGGAAGAGUGGCCAACUUAUUAAUAGCAAAACGUUCUUUGAUAAUUAUAUAUUGAUUGUAAUGUUUCCUUUAACGUUUGAUCAUUUCACUUAAAGUCAUUUUAUUUUUCUUCUUCUUUUCUUUGCUAUUGUGUAUGUCGUUAUUAUCCCUUUUUUUUCUUAAUUGUUAAUAUCAUUUUUGCUAUUUUUAGGGUAAGAAGAUUCUGGGUGUCUCGUGUUCCACUAAUCGGGCAGCGGAAUACAAUUUAGACAUAGAGGAACUUACGGACCCCUCCUUCGCAGGGAAAUAUCGUUACCGUUGUACCUGCAAGGGGCUGUCUAAGCUGUUCACAGAUUCGACCAAUUCGGUGAAAUGCAUCCUGCACUACUGGGAGUGCCCAUUGACAACAUAAAUGAUAUCACAUAACCCUUAGAUUCACUGGUAUUAGCUAUAGAAGUAUAUUUUUGUUAUGUAAAUUCCAAAGUUUUCAAACUUCUCUGAUUGCCAUGGUCAGAUAUCUUUUGCCGUUCUGAACUUUCGAAGAAUACUUCUCAAGGGAGACUAAGCGUGAGCCAUAUCAUCGUCCAGAUAAUAUGGCUUUGACAAACUAAACGACAUCAGUGGUACGUAUGCGUAUGCGCAUGUAUGCGACUGUCGACGCGACUUUCUUAAUACAGCACACGGCUGGAAGAUCGCUUUAGUAUGAGUCUUCAAUCCUUUAGUUAAAAUUUUAGUGUCUUUCACUUUUAUCACUGCCUAGUGGCUUUUGUUUAAGAUAAACACAAUAGAAGAAUUGAAGGAAGCUUCAUUUCAAAUAAGAUUUACAGCUCAUAAGAAUUUGAAAAUACGAGUUUCGCAAUAUGAUAAAAAGAAAAAGCCUAGAUUAAGGCUUUAUUUUCCCAAAGAAAAAGAAGUUAAUUUCGGUUUUUAUCAUCAGUGAAAAUGGUUAAUCUGAAACGAGGAAUACUGUUUUCUUAUCAGUUUAAAGAGGAAGCUGUUAGGUAAUCGAAAGGAAAUAUAAUGUACAGUAACGUCGUUUUCGUUUUAAUCAUUCUCUUUUAACACCUUCAGAUCUUGACUUUAUUGUUUUUCGCUUUCUUAGUUUCAAUUUAUUUAUUUAUUGUUGUUUAUUUUAACGCUUUUAACUAAAUUGAACAAUGUGGAACAUAAAGUUUUGCAUACUAACGUACAUCAUGGAAAUCUCCCCAAGCAUUGGUGAGUCAUGACGUAACUUUUAAAGCAAUUGUGUUAUCAAUUGCGUUGUUAUUCAUGUGUUGCUAUUUAUAAAUGUUGAUUUACGGAAGUUCUAGUGGAGAUGUCAACCGAGUAUCAAAAGUAAUCUGUGUAAUCUCAAUCUCAAAAACCCACGCUUCCUUUUAAACCAAUCAAGUGUCUGUCCAAAUACUUCCAUUUUCCAGCGCUUCGAGCCUUUUGCUUUUCGUUGUGGUUGAUUCUUCGUGGACCUUUGCUCAGUUCUGAUUGUUCGCUGCAAUUACCUUAGAUUUGGUGUUACCAAACUCGAUCAAAAGUUGCUCUAGAUAUGCUUAUUAAUUCGUUAACACACGGUAAUGAAUUUACAAGCAUACUUUUUCUCACUUGAUGUUUUUUGCGUUUUUAUCUGCAACUUGUUUACAAGGUACUUAGACUGUAUGCAGGCAUACAUGCUGAGGAGCAAUUUUUAUUCGCGUAUUUUACUUAAGUUUAUAGUAAAUGUGUAUACUAAAACAUUAAGUACAUUUAUUAGAUGACACAACCACUUUAAGAUUAUCUCUUAAGCCGAUUCAACGUAGUCAGCGUAAGAAAACUCGAUAAUCUGCUUUGGUUAGUUUGUUAGUUUUAACAGAUAUAAUGUUUUAUCGGCCUAAAUGUCAACUAGGAGUUUUAUUUGAAUUCGAAUUUUAUCAGAGGAUGUAUUUUUGAACACAAAGAGGUCCGUAGCAUUCUUUAGUUAGGAACUCAGAAGCAUCUUUUGUGGUUACAGUUUCCAUUAACAAAUUGUAUAGAGUACUUUAAUGUGCGUGGUAUGCAAGCUCCUUUUUUACAACACGAAUCUCUGUAGAUGCAGCAAUGCAGACAAACUCCAGAAUAGACGAACAUACUUACAAAAACAAAACACGUGUUAAAAACGGUUUUUCUUUUUACAUUGGAAACUGAACUAUUUUACGCAGGUUUCUGAAAAGCAAGGGGAUGCUUAGAAGGUACCCCAGAGGUGUUUGUAUAUAGAGAAUAUGUUAUCGAAUUGAGAUCGUUUAGUUAGCUAUGAAGUUUAACAUUUGUAGAAACAGUUCACAAGGGCUAUUAGGAUAUAAUUCAUAAGUCCUGUUUAGAUACCUUGUAAAAAUAGACUUAAGUGUCUGAGUAUGUACAUAGAGGUAGAAUUGAAUAGUUUUCUGUUAUAUUAAAAUUUUAGUUGAAAAUAAAGAAAGAAAUGACUGAACGAUUCGUGUGUAUUAGUUAGUGACUAGUAACUAGCUACAGUAUGCAAAUUCUCCAUUAUGUUCUUUAUACGUUUGUGGAAGGUCCUGCC